GACACUAUAGUAGUGGUGCAAUGGGUCAUCAUGAUCCGUGAUCCGUUCUGAUCAAUAUCUUCGGUUCGGCACAAACGUGACUUUUUUUUUUUUUUUAUAUAUAUAUAUAAAUCGCAUGUUCAAUCCACACUCAGUGGUCAUGGCGAGCGGAGGAACGGAGCUUGAAUGCCCCGCGCAUGUUGGCUUUCUUGUCAGAUAUAAUGAUGAAGAAAAGAGGUUAGAGUGAAAAGAUUGUGCCAGAUCUUUAUGAACAGGAGAAGAAAUAAGUUGUGGAUGACCUAUCCCGAGCAUCCUCUGUUGCAAAAAAGACAAAACGUAUUUUCAUUUGUAGGGGUGCUCUGAUCACGAUCGGCCGAUUGUUAUGUGCAUCUCGUCAGUAAAUCCGGUUCUCUGAUCAGCAGUUAAAUCCAUCAGGUGCAUGAUUACACAUAGAGCAGCUGUUACUACACAGUGCCGUUGUUAAUUGAGAAGAUGCGCAAAUCCACGUUCAUUUUCAGCGUUUAUUGGUGCAUCUUCUCAGUUAACAACGGCUCUGUGUAGUAACAGCUAAUGGCAGAAUCUGACGAGAACGAGUUUUUAGGGACCACAAUGAUUUUAUGGCCCAGGAUGAUGACUGGCUUAUCAGCCGUUUCAGAUUUCCAAGGGCUAUCCUCUUGGAGCUCUGUGCUGAGUUGGGUCCGAAUCUAGAGAGAGAGACAAUGAGGAGCCACGCAAUACCAAAGGGAACUGGCAGACAGCUCAGGAAUAAGCCAGUCGUCUUUGAGCCGGGCAAUGCCAGCGGUAUGGGACAGGAUCAUCUGCAUUUUUACCAGAAAUUCAUGUUCAGUGAAACUCCUCUGACAACAAUCUCCUAUUCAUCAAUUCACCAAUAAAUGCAGGAAUAUUUCCAUCAGUAAACAAGUGAAGACGAGCCUCAAAUCAUCAAAAAGAGAUGAAAUCUGUUAAGACUCAGUUUAUUAAAGAGGACCGAGAAAAGAUGAGACACACUGAAGAUACUGAAGAACAAACAGAGCUGAUUGAACAUAAUGAGGAGAGAGAAGAAUUUAGUGAAUCUGAGAAGAAAAAUCAUGUCAGAUACGGAGAAAAACCCAUACAGAAAGAUUUAAAGAAAAGGAAGAAGAAGAAAUCUUUCCCCUGCAUUCAGUGUGGAAAGAGUUUCACAAGCAAAGCUCUUCUCAAGCGACACAUGAGAGUUCAUACUGGAGAGAAACCGUUCACUUGUAAUCUGUGCGGGAAGAGUUUCUCACAAUCAGCACACCUUCAGCUACACAUGAACAUCCACACUGGAGAGAAACCACACACAUGUGAUCAAUGCGGGAAGAGUUUCUCACAAUCAUCAUCUCUUAAGGUACACAUGAACAUCCACACUGGAGAGAAACCACACACAUGUGAUCAAUGCGGGAAGAGUUUCUCACAAUCAUCAUCUCUUAAGGUACACAUGAACAUCCACACUGGAGAGAAACCACACACAUGUGAUCAAUGCGGGAAAACAUUUUUGUGGUAUUCAAGCCUGACAAAACACCUGAAACUUCAUGCGAAGGAGAAGCCACAUUCAUGUCAUUUGUGUGGAAAGAGUUUUCGAUUAAAAGAAUAUUUGAAAGCUCAUCAGAAAAAACAUACUGGUGUGAGAGAGUACAUGUGCUUUGAGUGUGAAAAGACUUUUAUUUCAGCGAGCAGUUUAAAACUGCAUGAGAAGAUUCACACUGGAGAGAAACCUUACAAGUGUUCACACUGUGACAAGAGAUUCAUUGUUUCAUCAUAUCUAAAAAAACACGAGAGGAUCCACACUGGAGUGAAACCUUUUAAGUGUUCACACUGUGACGAGAGAUUCAUUCAGUCAGGAAACCUGAAAACACAUGAGAUGAUCCACACUGGAGAGAAACCUUACAAGUGUUCACACUGUGAAAAGAGAUUUAAUGGGUCAUCACUUCUAAAAAGACAUGAGAGGAUCCACACUGGAGAGAAACCUUACAAGUGUUCACACUGUGAAAAGAGAUUCAGUUUGUCAUCACAUCUAAAAAGACAUGAGAGGAUCCACACUGGAGAGAAACCUUACAAGUGUUUACACUGUGAAAAGAGAUUCAGUGUGUCAUCACAUCUAAAAAGACAUGAGAUGAUCCACACUGGAGAGAAACCUUAUAAGUGUUCACACUGUGAUGACAGAUUCAGUCGAUCAGGAUACCUGAAAACACAUGAGAGGAUCCACACUGGCGAGAAACCUUACAAGUGUUCACACUGUGACAGGAGAUUCAGUGUGUCAUCACAUCUAAAAAGACAUGAGAGGAUCCACACUGGAGAGAAACCGUAUCACUGCACUGCAUGUGGGAAGUGUUUCAAACAAUCAUCUUCUCUACUCAAUCAUACAAAAAACAAACACAGUUAGUAGAUCAUCUUCAGAUCUGAUGCUGCUUCCUCACCAAAUGUGACACAAUAAUGGAUCAAGCUGUGAAAUAUCAUCUGGAUAAAUCUGUCAUUACCAGUGACAAGACAAAGAAACAUUAUCUGAAGUUUUCUCAGUGAAUAAAGUUCCUCUUCAAAACCAGCAGAUCCAACCGAUUCAGAUAAACUCAAAGAUAAAUUUUCUCCCCAAAGAACAAUGUCACAAAGGUUUAUUAUUGUACAUCAUUUUGCUUCAUGAUAUAAAUGAUAUCCCAUGGGGCGGGUUACAGAAAACUUCUUAUCUCAGUUCUCAACUUAAGAUAUAUGUUAAAUUAGGAUUUGUUUCAAAUUCGUAUUACAGAAGCAAAUCUUAACUUGAUUUAGGAUUAUUAUCCUAUUUUACAAAGUCGUAUCUUAUCUCUAGUUAGGAAACACUGUGCGAGCUGCUGAUGAGGGAAACAGAAUAACAGAAGCUACUUCAAUUUGGCAAAGAAAAGUAAAGGCAUUAGUCAAUGGAAGAGUCUUUUCUGAAGUAGCUUUUGUCCUGAAUGUUGUCCUAACAGAAACGAUCAUGGUUAUCAAUCAGAUUAGAUAAUAUUUUAAAGUUAGGAUCUUUCUGUUACCAUGGCAUCCUGGACACCUUUACCAGACCAGAUGAACUUUACGACCCAAUGGCAUGUUGAGAGUCCUCCCUCUCACUACCUUUCCCCAUAGGAGACACCCAUAAUGCCCAUAAAAGACUCUUCUCUAGUUAAUUCAUAGGAAAAAACACUUUCUCUGAAAGAACACUCAUAUCGCCAGGUCGCUGUGUAUAUUAUUACUGUUCUCGUAUAUUGUCUUUUGUAUUGUAUACUGUUUUAUGCAUGCAUUAUGAUAGAUCACUAGUUAAAAUAACCUCAUCUAUACCAUGUUUGGUCUCUUUGAAUUUGUGUUUUGAUGAUCUAAUUGAGAGUGUACAUAUGUUGAUACCUACACUACAUGAUAAUGCUCUGAGAAUCUUUUGCAUCAAAACCCAAUGCCAUUAAAUAUACAAAAUACCAUGCUGCGACGACAAAGAGUCGUAAACUUUCCCUCCGAAAGUGUAGAUCUCUAUUGGUUAAGAAAUGUGUUAGACUAGUUUGUGUUAGUGUUUAGUUAAUAAAACUCUUGUGCACAGAUUA